CUCCACUCCACCCACCCCCUUCACUUCCUCCACAUCCUUCACUGCACCUACGUCUUCCUCAUCCACGCUCUCUACCUCUUCCACCCUUUCCACCCCAUUCACCUCUGCACCUGCCACCUCUCCUCCUUCGUCAGCGCCGCGUGCCGUCCGCCCCGCGCCCCCGACCCUCCUGCCGACGCCACCGGCAGCCCGCAGCGAAGGACGGCAGAGAAGGUUCGCGACAAUGCUUAGGAGUCCCCCCGGCCUGGCCCUUGGAGCCGGGAUGCUGGCACUGAACAGCGUGGCACUGGCUGCAGGAUCCCCAAUCAGUCCGGCGGAAGAGCAGCUUCCUUCCGCCCUGGAGGAAACGCCCUUCCCGCGCGCCCUCAGCACCAGCGUCUUCGGCUUCGAAACGAUCCUGACGGGGCUGGUGUACCUCUCCUUCGGGAUCUUCCUCUACCAGAUGAUCCAGAGAGCCGUGGACGCGCGACUCAUUACCUCACUAACGUCGCCAGCCGGUGGGAGAAGCGGCAGCCAGUUCGAUGCCGGCGUUCCUUUUGCAGUCCUUAGAGGAGGUAGGAAAUGACUCCGGUUCUCCAAACAGUUUUAUUUCAUUUUCUCAGAUCAUUUUCUCCUUUGCUGCGUCCUCAUUUGAUUACCGUUAUUUACCGUAAAUGCUCUCCCACUCUCUCACAAUC